AUCACAUGUAACAACGUAAAUUUCUAUGAUAAAAUGACACAUGCCGAUUGUUAGAACGUUAAUAACUCAGAACCAAAAUGAGCUGGUGGGUGUGUGCGCAUUUAAUACUGACACAUCUGUUCGUGUUCUCACUUCCCAAAUGUGUGUAUUCUGAAUGGGACACUGAUUUUGUAGAAGAUGCCAAUAGUAUACCGUCAAUUGAAAUUAAGCUUGCUCCUCCUCAAAAUCCGCUCCCUCAAGUAGCUCAUGCCAUCGAUAAACUCGAGACUAGAAGGAUACAGAUGGAAGAGGGAAUGAUGGCUCAGCUCGAGGAUAAGUUCAACGAAACCCUUGUGGAGUCACGAGAUAACAUCAAGCAGAUCAUUAAACAGCAAUUCGCCAUAUUCGAGGAAAAGGACAUGGAGAGCAUCAUUUUGUCCAUAAUUGACAACAAUCGGAAAUUAUAUAGAAAGAAACAUGAAAAUCUGAAGGCACCGUCAUUCUUACUAUUGGGAGAGGAAGUUGUUCCCAGCUCGGUUAGAGUAAUGAUGGGAUCUGUGAAUAUGCCAGAUCCAAUAAUCAAAACCAAGAUGGAGCAAAUAGAACAAAGCAGGAGUUACGACGAGAUACAGACAUUCCACCAACAGUCGGCCGAAUUGGGACAACUAUCCAAUGUUACACUAAUAGAAUUGGAGCGAGCACUGGCAAUGCAGUUAAAACCAUAUACAUCCAUUUUAGAGAUCUACAAGGCGAACAACAAUCGGUCGCAAGCUACCGCUGAAAACACUGCAGCGCCAACGUUCAUACAGACAGGAGCCUUCGGAUUGCCUACUACGAAACAGCUUAAUGUGAAAAUAGGUCAAUCGGAAGACCCAUAUCCAACCGUGGAAGACUAUGUCAUGAACAUGGAGAAGAAACGCGAUGCUGCAGAAAGAAAUGAAAGGAAUACAGCACUCGCAAUGUAUCUCAAACUAGUUAAAGCACAACAUGAAAUGAUACGCGACGAACUUCGUGCCGCAACUUCAGCAAUCAUAUCGAGAUAUGGUGGAAUUGUAGACGAAAGCACCAAGAAGCAAGUGCGCCAACACACACAUCACUGAACACA